AUGGGCGGAGGAGCGAGAUAUCCGUAUCCGAAAGCGGUUUGGUCGCCAGCUGGUGGAUGGUGGACUAGGCCUUCAAACUGGAAAUCCAACACUGCGAUUGCGUUCGCUGGCAUCCUCACUGUUGCUUACGGUGUUUUCACCGUUAGCGCUGACAAAGAGCGGAGACUGGUUGAACCAUCUCGAGCCAUCCCCUCUAUGAAGUGGGCAAGGCAGUACCGGGAGCAGAAAGAGGUCGCGCAAGCAUAA